UAUUGGUGCAUCCUCGUAGAAAAUCAGCGGCGUCUCUGUUUGUUCUAUUAGAAUGUCCGUACAUAGCCUUUUACUAUGGUGGGGAUCGUGCACAUAGUGGGGUCCUUGGUUCGACCAGGCCGCCUGUGAUGUUCCCGUGCGCUAUGUUCUCGUCGAAGCCGUGGUGUCCCAUCAGUGUGUAUCUAACGUUGAUGGCGUUAGUUUCGCCGCUAUUUACGAUGUUUUCCGAUCCCGAUUCGUAACGCCCCCAAAACCCCCUCUUUUUUUUCAAAAAAAAAACAAUGCAUUAAGGACUCUCGCGGCCAGUAAGAACGUACGUCCGGAAACUCAGUGCCUUUUGUGACGAUGAUUCGCGCGUGAUUGUGACAGGAAACUCGACCGAUUUCGUCCAAGAUAAGCCGGUCAUCAUCAGGAUUUCAUAUGGUUUUCAUGGACGAAUGUCGUUCCGACAUCGACCGGUGGAUCGGAGCUCCCAGGCCGGGGGUGCCCUCAUCUCCAACAGCUCCGGAGGCAGAAGGCCCCCCAGUCCAGAUGGAGCCGGUAGAUCUUAGCGUCAAGACGCCGGUCGUCCUGCAAGUACCAAAAUAUCCGCCACAAAGGCUAAGAAAUCCGGCGCCAGUGAACAAACUACAACCACCACCAGAUAUUCCUAAAAAUGUGAUAACCCCAGACAUCCCUUCGCGAUCUCUCACUUCGUCAACGGCGGCGCUGCUUGCACUCCAAAAACUCAAAGAUGCCUCUUUAUCGAUCACGAGGACAUCGGCGGAAACAUCGAUGAGUAAAAACGUCAAUAACAACAACAUCAGCGAAGAUAAUCGGACGGAUCCGACGAUGAAACGGCGAAAAAUACACAGAUGUGACGUCCCUGGAUGUAAUAAAGUCUAUACGAAAAGUUCGCAUUUGAAGGCGCACAAGAGGACGCACACAGGGGAAAAACCGUACCAAUGUACUUGGGACGGUUGCACCUGGAAAUUCGCCCGAUCCGACGAAUUGACUCGCCAUUUCCGCAAGCACACGGGGCAAAAGCCCUUCAGUUGUAACCAGUGUCAGCGGUCCUUCAGCCGCUCGGACCACCUAUCCCUCCAUAUGAAAAGACACUAGAAGGCAUCGCCCAGCAAAAUUGGUGCUAAAUUACCCGAAAUUGUAAAUAAAUUGAAUGAUUUUGUACAUUUUUGUAAAUAUAAAUCCGAACUCAAAGCUGGUGUGAGAUUAAAAUUGCCAACAUUCCUAAUUUUAGCUUUAGUUAAAAACAGUAAUCGGAACGAUGUGCCAGUAGCAAAGGUCAGAUUAUAGGUUAAGUCUUCCGGAUUUGCGACAGGGACGCCCUGUAUAAGACAAUCCCUACAUAAGUGCAAUUAUAGUUAGUUGGCUUUCUUAGGUUUAAGUAAAUCAAUAUAUUUUGUAAAGUAUAUCGGUGACCAGGGGCCGUAUUAUAUUUAUAUUUUGUAAAUAACUCAACGACCCGAGUCCCACAAUCUAUUCUAUGUAUAGUUUAAGUUUAUAAUGUAAUGCCAGUAAUAGGGGCCAGUAUAUUAUUUUAGUUGUAAUUACAUUUCUAUUUACAGAUCUCUGUUUAUCGAGUCUCAUUUGUUUUCUCGCAUGACUUUGUUUCCUGUUCAUUUGGCCCAAUUAACAAGUCGGCGGGAAACAAAUGACACGCUAUGUCAUUUCGUUGGCACACACUGUAUAGUAGCCACCCAUUGGGCAUUUUCAGUCAAGACAAUAACAGAAUGUUAUAUUUUGUAGAUGGGACAUAUUUAUUAAUGUUAUUAUACUAAGUUGUUUCAAUAAAAUAAAAUAUGUGGAAGGGUUAA